AUGUAUGUGCGACGGCCGUGGACAGUUUCAAAGACAAAGGUCUGCAGUACGAGGAAUUUGGCAGAGCCCGAGCAUCUGGAUAUCUGGAUCGGACAUCGACUCCUUUGGACAGCGCGGAAGUUUGAUAAUGACCUUCGAAGUCUUUUCCUUUACCACGAAAUCAACGCUUUCUCCAGUCUCUUCGACAAGAAGUGGUUCGACAAUGAAGUUGUUGAUCUUGCUGCUGUCGCUGCUGUUUUUCCGAAGAGUUGUAAUAUUGCCACCAUGGCUAUCGAUGUACUGCUUUGCUCAAACUUCGAAAGUUCAGCGCAACAAGGAGUACUCUAUGCGAUCGUCCACGCUGGGCAAUUCAUGCCAGAAAACGAGGCUUUCGUUUUCUACGAGGUUCCCGAAUAUGUAGUGGUGAUCGAAGAAGAAGAUGAGAUCAUUCCAGUCGAGUUCGAGUCUUGCCACAUUAUGAACGGUUCCUACUUUAUGUGUAUGGAAAGGGCUCAUGGCGAGUGCGACAUCAAUACGAUGGAUUCUUGUGAUAUCUUCGCUCAGUCCACCGCCACUAACUUCACGUUCAUCCGAUCUUUCGGUACUGGCAGGAUAGUGGCCACUAAUCAGCCGGAAGUUAACAUUACUGGUUCUAUGGUGAAGGCACCCUCUAAUAUAUUCACCCAUCACACCUCCUACGAAUUGGAGGAAACUGAAGACGACGAGUCAAAACUGGUCUCCUAUUCGAAGACGACCGCAGUUGAAAACGAGGUCUCAUUCCCCAGCAUGUCACACGGGGCCAGAGACGCUGUUCAUGCCAACCAUCAUGCCACUCGUUUAUAUCGUCUGACUCGGAAGGGAAUCCCUGUACUCAGCAACCAGGUUCGUUUCACGCCUUUUCUAUAA